GCACCGCCCUCUUUCUCGGCCCUCGCUAUAUAAACGCCCGGACCGGGGCUACAAUUUCUCGCGCGUUGCCUCUUCAGCUCGGAGUGUUUCUGUGUCCUCUCACCCCCCCAGUAUCAUGGCUGCCAAGGUUGAGCGCACCUUCAUUGCCAUCAAACCUGAUGGAGUUCAGCGAGGGCUCAUCGGUGACAUCAUCAAACGCUUCGAGCAGAAAGGCUUCCGCCUCGUCGCCCUCAAGUUCUUGCAGGCGUCUGAGGAGCUGCUGAAGCAGCACUACAUCGACCUGAAGGACCGCCCCUUCUACCCCGGCCUGGUCAAGUACAUGAACUCCGGCCCUGUCGUCGCCAUGGUGUGGGAAGGUCUGAACGUGGUGAAGACAGGCCGUGUGAUGCUGGGAGAGACGAACCCAGCCGAUUCCAAGCCUGGUACCAUCAGAGGAGACUUCUGCAUUGAAGUGGGCAGGAACAUCAUCCACGGCAGUGACUCUGUGGAGAGCGCUAACAAAGAGAUCGCUCUGUGGUUUAAACCCGAGGAGCUGGUCUCCUUCAAGAGCUGCGCUUACGAAUGGAUCUAUGAGUGAAGUGGACCAUAUCCCCUCCCCACAACAUCUUCAUCUGGUUCAGUCCGAACUGUCCUCCUUUCACAGUGUACUGUCUAAGUUUAUAACGGCUAGAGCACUUAAUAAAGUCCUCAUGGAAACCUUUAA